AUGGAGCCCUGGCAAUCGUGGGCAGUCGCCCUCAUUGGUGCCGCCGCCGUCUACUACUACUACUUCCAGCACGGCAAGCCCGUCGCCAACAGAACUCGCUCCGCAUCAGUCUCGGACUUUGUCGCUCCUCAACCUAAGGUCGCUCGCCGACGAGACUCGACCAAGCCGAAGCCCAAGUCCGAAGUCACCAAGGCCACCGGCGUCACUCUUCCUGAGCUGAGCGUCCAGAGCGGUGACGACAGCACCACCAAGGUCUCGGAUGGCUCCAAGAAGCGCAAGGAUGGCAAGAAGCAGGCCGCCGCACCCGCUCCCUCUCUCACACCUGCUCCCCCAGCCAAGCGCCAGGAAGUUGACGACGAUGUUGCUCAAGAGGAGGAUAACAAGGCCUGGGCUCAACAGCUCGCCAGCCUCAAGAAGGGCACCAGCCUUGCCCCUCCUUCUCGCACCGACUCGCGCAACAGAACAGUGAAGCAGUCUUCCAAGACCUUCUCUUCUGCUUCUUCCAACGCUGCCGAUGCUGAUGACGACCUCACCCCUUCCAUGUCUCCCUCUUUGGCCGCUGGUGAUGUUUCAGACAUGCUAGAGCCUGCCGCUGACGGCCCAUCUGUCCUCCGUCUUACCGGAUCCACCAAGGCCAAGGCCAACCAGCCUCGCCAAACACAAGCAGAGGAGCAGGAGACGAAGAAGCAGAGACAGAACCGUAAGAAGGUCGAGGAGCGUAGACUCCAGAGAGAGGCCGAAGAGAAGGAACGUCAGACUCUGCUCGAAACCCAACGCCGUACUGCCCGCGAAGCUCGUGGAGAGCCCGCAAAGAACGGCAUUCCCGUUUCCAAGCCUCCAACCAGCAGCGCAUGGGCUGCCGAUGUUGCCAACCGUGUCACCCAGGCUCCUACCGUGGCCGUCUCCAACGAGAGCGCUCCCCUGCUCGACACUUUCGAGUCCAGCAAUGGAGCUUCCGAGGAGGACCAGCUGAGACUGGCCAAGCAAAUCAGCCAAGAUGACUCGGGUUGGAACACUGUGCCCAAGGGCAAGAAGCAGCAGAAGAAGAAGGCUCCCAUUGUCGGAUCCGAAGACUCAAACACCAGUGAUGCCGGCUCCGUGGUCAACGCACCAAUCGAGAAGGUCGCACCCUUGCCCAAGGUCACCGCACCUGCACCCAAGCCUGUGGCCGCUUCCAACGGAUUCUCGUCCCUCUACGACUCUGGCUAUGAUGCAGGCAGCCACCCUGAUGAUUCUCAGUGGGCUGCUUGA